AUGCACGGUCGUCCAAGGAAGGCUUCCAAUCCAGAAGAUGAAGAAGCCUCCGCUGCUAAAGCCGUUAAGCUCCGGGUUCUCCAGUCUCAGUUCAUGUCCAAUCACCAUGAUAAAAUGUACAAUUCUCUUUUCUUCUGUUACCGGAAUCUUAUGAUCGGAUCAGUUUCAUUUCGUCUACUUAUCAUCUGUUGCUUGCUGGAUGUUCUGGGUUUUUGGGCUUCUAGUUAUACCAAGGAAGCUAUUGAAUUGAGCACGAAGCUCUUAGAAAUCAAUCCGGAAGCAUACACGGCGUGGAACUAUCGAAAGCUCGCCGUGGAGGAUACCCUUUCCCGAAUCGAGUCUGAUCCAGACUUGUUCAAGUCAGUUCUCGAUGAAGAACUUAGAGUGGUGGAAAGUGCUUUGAAGCAGAAUUUCAAGUCGUAUGGUGCUUGGCAUCAUCGAAAGUGGGUUUUGAGUAAAGGGCAUUCCUCCACAGGGAAUGAAUUGCAACUUUUGGAUAAAUUCCAGAGGCUGGAUUCCAGAAAUUUUCACGCUUGGAACUAUCGCAGGUUUGUUGUGGAGCUAACCAAUAGGUCAAAACAGGAUGAGUUGCAGUAUACAGACGAUAUGAUCAGUCGCGAUUUCAGCAACUAUUCUGCAUGGCAUAAUCGUAGUGUACUUCUUUCAAGCUUGCUUGCAAGAAAUGCUGACGGGUUUGUGCCAAAUCAAAAGAUUCCUGAGGAAUAUAGAUUUGUACGUGACGCUAUUUUUACGGACGAAGAUGACCAAAGUGGGUGGUUUUAUCAUCUUUGGCUUCUUGAUCAAACUGUUAAUGUGGAGACUCCUCUUCUCACUUCCUCAUGGCCUUCACAUGGUUCCCGUGUCAAUCUAUCCGGAUCUGGGGGCUUAAAUGACUCUUCUUCCAAGCUCCCUAGUUUUUGUUCUGAGUCGGGUUCUUUUCCACUGAUUCUUUACUUUGACCAAGAUGUUGGUGGAGUAAGCUCGUCCACUGUUACGAUUGAUUCUGAACUGAAAGGAAAUGAGGACCUUGUUUGGGAACCAGUUUCGAAUAAAAGCUCUGAAGUGUCUUGUGUAUGGGUUACUCGUCUUAAAUAUACCAGUACAGAACCUCAGAAGGAAUACAAAGUGAAGCUCAGGAUUGGGAACUCUCCUGGAAUUGUUUCUUCCAGAGGAUGUAACUUCAGCUCUCCUUAUGAGUUCGUCUUUACAGCGCAUGUUCAUGACAACGUCGAAGGAUCGCAAGAAGGCAUUGUUUCAUGGACGGAUGGUUUUAGUAACUGGGAUGCACAGUCAGUGGAUUUGAAAUCUCUUGUUACCUUUGAUCAAUUAAACGCUCAUAUGGAUUUAAACUGGCGUCAAGAAGCUAUAGCCGAAGAGAUUGACUUAUUCCGUUUAUUGUCUGACAGCAAAAUUGGAAAGCUCACUCUUGCAAGGCUUUUGGUGGCGGAAGCUAUGAUAUCGGAUGAUGCUAUUAAGGGUGUUAACUAUAAAGAAAUCCUCAAGCUGUAUAAUGAUCUGAUGGCGCUGGAUUCUUCGCAUUAUCAGUACUACAAAGAUGAGCACACCGUAGCUUUACUCCACACGGUGACUUCAAGCACUGAAUCCUUGUCAAGACACCUCUUCCAAUACAGUGAUAUGAACAAUUCUGUAUGUCUACGGCUAAAUAAGUUAUCACUAUCUCGGAUAGCCUCUGUCGAGAAGUUGCUGUUUGUCCAAAUGUUAGACCUUAGUCACAAUGAGCUUCAUUCAACUGAAGGAUUGGAGGCAAUGCAGCUUCUCUCAUACCUAAAUCUGAGUCACAACAGAAUCCGGAGUUUUUCAGCGCUGGACUCACUAAGACAUGUGAAACAGCUGAGAGUUUUGGAUGUUUCACACAACCACAUCGGCAAGCACUCAGUUGACACAACGAGGUACCUUUGUUCAUCACCACUCUCUAAUUCGGAAUGGACUCAGGAUGAAGCUGGAAGACAGAUGCCUAGUUUGGCCACCAAAUACUGGGAUGCGUAUUUCGUGUUAAGAGACUUGAAUCUGAAACAGUUAGAUAUAUCAGGAAACGUAAUUGCAGGGGACGAGUUCAGCUCUUUUGUCACCCAGGUUGUGCCAAAGCUUGUAUGGCUUGAUGGCCAGAAAGUUAGGAGUUAG